AUAAACAUCCUAACCUAACAUCUCUCUAUAUGUCAAAUUGGGUGCUGUAUUUCAACUUUGAUAAACAAUUUUUUGGGCGUUUCGGGGUAGUAUUAAGUAAUGUGAAAACUUCCACUCUAUUUUCUUUUUGCUUUAUUAUUUGAUAUGACUUCUAUUAGUAGAACUCUUCAAAAUGAAAUAUUUCAAUCAAGUGAGGAGAGACUUAUUACUUGCUGUAAUGUUGGAAAAUAUUUGAAAAAAAAGAAAUCGUCUUUUCUUUGCAUUGUGAGCAGUACUAGCGCCCCUAUAAAUAUAUCCAUAGUUCAGAUAAAACAAACUGAUAAGCAUAUUUACAAACGUAAAAGAACAUGGAAUUUGGCUGAACUGAAAUCCAUCGAUGGUCAUAAUGAGUCACCUGAAACUCUGGAGUUUGAUAUGCAUUUUGAUAAAGUAUAUAGAUGGACUGCAUCAAACACUAAGGAAAGACAAUCUUUUAUAUAUAAUUUAUGGAGGCAAGCUAAAAAACAUAUCCUGAAAGAAAUGCCAACGUUUAAAAAUGUGCCUGUAGCUUGGAUUGCAGAAUAUGCAAUGACACCUGAAAAUAAAUUUGAAAAUUCUGAUUUAAUGGAAAUGGAUAACGAUAAUGAUGAUGAUUUUCAGGCAAUAACAGAAAAAGAACAGGAGGAUUUGAUGAACUUGAUGCAGGAGUGUAAGUUUACCAUUGGAAAUGCAGAGGCUUUUAUGGAAGUUUUAAAAAAGGAAUUAUCAAUGCUAGAUGAGAAAAAUGUACAAUGUGUACUUGCUUCAGAAAAGCAGGUUGAAGAAUUGAUGAAGAACUUGGAUGAGGCUAUUGAAGAAGCUGAAAGAUUAGAACACCUUUUGGAUUCUUAUGAUGAAAUACUUUGUCAUGUUAAAGAAACAAUGGAAAAAAUGGAAAAAAAGAAUUCUAUGAUUUCUAUAGCAAAUAAGAAUAAUCAGUUACUUUUGGAUGAAUUAGAGAAAAUUGUGUCUAAACUUAAUCUCUCCCAAAAACAUCAGAAAAUAUUAGAAGAAUCUGAUUUGACAACGCCUGAAGGAAUGAAGAAUGCCAUCGAAGCUGGAAAUGCUUUAAAAGAUGCAAUGAAUUCUGAUAUAGAUAAAGCAUUACUACAGAUGAGUGCAAUCCAAGAACAGAGAAGACGUUUUGAGAAAUACAAAGAAAUGUUUGCAAGGAGUAUAUCAAGACAACUAAAUAACCUCUUCAUUCAUUAUGGAAAUUAUAAAGGAAAACUUGAUGGUAUAUCGAUGCCUCUACAUAGUAACAUCCACAGUGAUUUGAGUUCUUAUAUAGAAUUAAUGCAUUGGUUGAAAGUAAUGGAUCAGAAAUCAUAUAGGCAGUUAAAAAAUGUUUAUACAGAUUCAUUUGGGAAAUUAUAUGAAUUGAAUUUGAAGAGUUUAUUCGAAAGUGCCCGGGAUAAAAUCGGAGUUUUACCAACAUUGACUUCCCCUACAUCAUUAUUAGGUCAUGAUAGAGAUACAUGGACAUUGGAAAUAUCAACUAGUGAUAGGAAAAAAUAUGAUGACAUAUUAGAUCAAGUGUUAACACAGUUGGAGCCAGUAUGUCUUCAAGAGCAAAUGUUUUGUGUUAACUUUUUUCAGUUAGACGUGCUCAGUCCUAGUUCCAAAAAUACACUUACAACUUUAGAUGAAACUGAAAUUCAGACAGAAACAAUGCCUCAGAGAAAAGUAGAUAAGCAAGUAAAUGAAGAUGUAAGGAACAUGAUGACAAAUUUGUUUUCAUGUUUAAAAAAUGAAUUAGAUAACUUAAUUGAUCAUAUAAAGAGGCAAGAUAGUUUUUACUGCAUGUAUGUUCUUGUGAAGUUAAAUGAUCAUGUCAUGACAGCUAAAAGCACCUUCUUAAGUAACACUAUUGGUUCUCUUCUCAUAGAGAUCAAAAGGUCUCUUGAUCAAUUCAUGCAAAAUCAAAAAGAAUCAAUUACUCAAUAUAAACCACCAAGAAGAGCUAAGUGUGGCAUAUUAGCUUAUGUUUCAAAUUUGGAGGAGUUUGCUACACAUGCAGACUGUUUGUUAAAAAGUGGUAGAAGAGCAGAUUUGGAAAAAUGGUAUACAAGAUUGGUGGAUACAAUGAUUGAAUACAUAACAAAACAUGCUAAUGAACAUAAUAAGACUCCACCCCAAGUUAUAAAAAUGGAAAAUUUCCACCAUUUAUAUUCUUUGUUGUCCCAGUUGAAAAUAUCAGUACUUGACGCACAGAGAAAAGAAGCUAAACAAAAAUACAAUGAUGCCUUGCAAGCUUAUGUUACUUUAUAUUUUGGAAGGCCUCUAGAGAAACUAAAUAAUUUUUUCGAAGGUGUUCAAGCAAGGGUAGCAAGUGGUGUUAAAAUGUCCGAAGUUAGUUAUCAAUUAGCAUUCAACAAACAAGAAUUGAGAAAAGUUAUUCAACAAUAUCCUGGCAGCACGGUGAAAAAAGGAUUGGAAGCUCUAUACCGAAAAGUAGAAAAACAUCUCUCUGAAGAGGAAAAUUUGCUACAAGUUGUUUGGAGAGCAAUGCAAGAAGAGUUUAUCAGACAGUACAAAAUGUUGGAAGACCUCAUUCAACAAUGUUAUCCUGGUUCUUUAAUAAAUUUAGAAUUUACCAUAGAAGAUAUUUUGAGAUUUUUCUCUGAUAUUGCAAGGUCUCACUUUCUUCAGUGUGGGCAAGUCGGUUUCGGUUUAAUAUUUUUUUUUGUUGAAAAAGUAACACAAAACAACAUAAUGACAGCGAAUGAUGAUGUACUGGAUGAUAUACUACUACAAAUGGGAGGCAUAGGAAAACAACAAGUGAUAAUUUUAUUUUGUUUAGCUUCAGUAACUAUUCUUCAUUCUGCCACACACAUCGCCUAUGUUUUUACAUCAAUGGAAUCAAAUCAUCGGUGUUCUAUCCCAGACUGUGAGACUGAAAUAUUAGACAACACAUCUUUACUACAGAAUUAUGUUCCUUUCAAUAAUCUCAAUCAACCGAAGAAGUGCUUGAUCUACAGUAAAAUUAUGGAUGAUUCCUUAGGAGGUAAUUGUUCGUCUUCUACUUUCGAUAAGUCUUCUACUGUGAAAUGUUCCACUUUCAAAUUUUAUGAAGAUGAAUUUUAUAUCGCAAGAGAAUUUAAACUUCUGUGUGAGGAAGAUAGAUGGGCCUUGAGUCUAGUUGGCACCACAAAUACAAUAGGAAUGUUCUUAGGAUUACUUGUGACUGGAUUCAUUUCGGAUAAUUAUGGAAGGAAACGUUUGCUUUUGAUUGGAAUAAGCGCUUGUGGAGUUGUUGGAAUGAUAAAGACACUAUCCCCAACAUUUCAAUGGUUUUUAUUCUUCGAAUUAAUAGAAGCAAUUUUCAGUGCUGGGACCUGUGGAUGCAUAUUCAUCUUAGGUGUUGAACUAGUCGUACCAGAGAAGAGGGCAUUAAUAGGUACCAUUCUGAAUAGCUGUUACACUAUGGGAGAAGUAGCGAUAGCUUUACUUGCUUGGAAGCUUAAAUCUUGGAGGUCGCUGAUUUUCCUUUCGUAUGGACCAAUGUCUCUGCUUUUAUGCUUAUAUUGGGUUCUCCCAGAAUCUCUCAGAUGGUUGCUGAGUAGAGGAAAAAUAGAAGAAGCGAAGAAAGUCCUUCGCUCAAUGGCAAUAACAAACGCUAAGCACUUAUCCCAAGACGCUCUUAAUAAAUUGGAGCACACAGCUACCCUUCUACCUUCCGUUCGUUUUUCAGACAUAUUCAAGUCUUCUCGUCUGUUCUGGAGGUUUACCAAUUGCUGUUUCGGGUGGAUUACAUGUGCAUUUUUGUUCUAUGGGAUAACACUCAAUUCAGUCAGUUUGCAUGGUAACAAGUACUUAGAUUUUAUAUUGAUAUCCCUGACGGAGCUACCAGCUUAUUGGAGUUGCAACUAUUUUGUAAACAAGUUUGGACGACGUACUUCUAUUUGUGCGUCGUAUUUCAUCACAUUUGCAGCAUGCGUUUCUUUCAUAUUCACCACUCAAGCUUCUGCAGGACUGUAUUUAUUCGUUUAUUGUAUGGGAAAAUUUGGAGCAACUGCAGCCUUCACUGUUAUAUACAUUAUAACUAGCGAAUCUUUUCCUACGCCUUCAAGACAUUCUAUAAUGGGGCUAUGCUCAACAGUAGGCCGAUUAGGCUCAAUGACAAGUCCGCAAAUACCUUUAUUGGCUCAGAUUUGGGGACCUCUCCCGAUGAUUAUGUUUGCAAUAAUGUCAGGAUUAGCAGGAGUACUUUCACUGUUUUUACCAGAAACUAAUGGCAUUAAACUCCCAGAUACCACAGAAGAAGCAGAGAAUAUUUCAUGAGGAAAAAAAUACAAAACAAUAUGCGGCCUAGAUGAAGAGAUACAGCCAAUUUAA